AGUUUAUUUCUGUGCCAAAGUUUCAGUGCUGCGACUUCUGUUUGCAUGUUAAGUAAUCAGUCGUCAAAAGAUGUCACUUGGCCAAACUUGAGUUGAAACUUGUCAUUUGAAUCGUUUAAUUUGCCGAGUAUAAUGUUGGACCAUAUAAUUUUCACUUCAUCUGGUGAGCCAAGCCUAAACAGCAUGACAUUGAAACCUCAACGUUGUAGGUGAGCACCUGUUAGACUAGAUGGAUGAGAGCCAUAUCAGCAAUGAUUUUCGUGGCCAUAUGUGCACUGCUGGUUAUAAUCUACCAUGCCGUAAAACAGGACCUCAACAUCCGCAACCUGAAGAUGCGCAUCGCUGUUUCCACUGAACAGGUGAAAAUGAAGGAGGAUGGCAUCGUGGCAGCUAAGAUGAAAGUGGACGAGAUAAACAAAAAGAUUUCUCCAGUGAGCACACAAAGGGAUCAGCUAAAAAAACAAAAGGAAGACUACAAGAGAAACACUGCUAACUCAGAGAAGGAAUUAAGCUCGUGCCAAGCUGAGAAGAGUAAAUUGGACAAGCAGAACAAUGAAGCAAAAGAGGCACUUAUUAAAAUAAAAGAAGGCCAAGAAGCAGAGAGGAAGAAAGCAGUGGAAGAGGUUGAGGGUUUAAAAAAGCAGAUUCUAGAUAGAGACUUAAAGAUUUGCCAAUUUGUGGAUAUGAAUGUGGAAGCUGCAAGGAAGCUGUGCUCUAGUUCGUAACUGUGAGAAAGCUUCAUGAAGUAGAGGUCCAAUGGAGCGCUCGGCAAAAAGGAUCCAAAAAUGAUUGUGUAUAGGUUUUUUUUUUUUUUUUUCUUUA